CGCAGCAGCACAGCCGGUAACCAGAGGAGGGGGUAGCUCGGUCGGACGGGAAUGGACCGCACAGGCUAGGUUAGCCUAACUCCUAGGCCGAAAUAUCUCGGUGGACGGACAGAAAGGUAAUAUCACCGAGUUAAAAAAGCAGAGAUAACGACCAGGACGAGCCGUGAGCGCACAGGCCGGACCCCCUCCUCUCUGUCUACAGCCUAUUCACAGACACCCUCCUGUUAAAGAGACCUCAGUCAGACACAGAGGGUAAAUAUAUCUCUAAAAACGCAUAUAUUCGGUCAUUAUUAAAGCAGAUAUUCGGUGUCUUUCACGCGGCUGACGGAUACUACGCCUCGUCCGGCCGGUUUUUCCUGCGGCCAGUCGCGUCCCGGUUCUCGCCCUUCGGCGGCGUCGCCUCGUCCGUCCCCGCUGUUCCUGUCAGCUGCUGCGCAUCAGCAAAACAUGCAGGAUGAGCCUGUGGGGGUGACAGCCACGCAAUUACCCCCGUCAGCCGAGGAAAAGCACAGCAGCAGCAGCAGCAGCAGCAGCGCGGUCAGCAAAUCCGGGAAGCAGCAGCCGAACCAAAGCGACGGCAGCCGGCAGAGCUCCUUCACGCCGGAUUAUAAGCAUCUGAAGCAGAAGAUAGCUUUCAGAGAUCAUUUCUGCCCGCCGCAGUCUAUCUGUGACCUUCAGCACAGACGAAAAACACAUCAGCACGGUGACUUCAGCCCCACACAGUCGCCCCCACCCCAGGGACGGUUCGGUCACCUGCCGCAGAGGCAGCCCGACCCCCGCGGCUCUCCAGUGGAGGAGGCUGAAGCUGAUGCUGCGUCGCCAUCGCCCACUUCCGUAAAUCCACACAAGAUCCAAAUGGACUCCCCCAUCGCCCACCAUAUAAAUGGCAAUGGCGGCAGCAGCACCGGCAACAUGUUGUCCGGAGGUCUGAGCGCCGCUUUCCCGAACCUCCCCACCCAGGAGCUGCAGAGCGCCAGCGUAGGCUCGACCUCACCCUCCCUCCCCGGGUUCGGCACCCCGUGGUCCGUCCAGACCAGCUCCUCGCCCCCUCCCGCACCCAACUCCAUCAACCCCAUCCACGCCAACGCCAUUAACCAGCUGCCCGGCACAGACUCUGACAACGGCUUCUACACAGGUAUCCCCUCCUCCAUCAACCCGGCCUUCUUCCAGAGUUUUUCGCCGGUGUCAGCUAAUCCGUGCGCCGGGAUUAAUGUGCAGGGCUUCAGCGGUCCUUUCUCGCCCCAGAUGAACGUCCCUCAGCAGGCGCAGAGCCGCAGGUCCCCGGUCAGCCCCCAGAUGCACCCCCAGCAGGGCGCCUUCCUGCAGCAGAGGAACAACUACAACCAACACCAGCCCAUGGUGAAGCCGUCUCCUUGGGGCGGUCACCAGGGGAACGGCUGGGGCUCCGGGGGGAUGUCCUGGGGCCGGGACCACCGCAGAGGGAGUGGCAUGGGUGUACCUGGCUCGGUCAGUCACGCCUCGCCCCUGAAGAAGCCCUUCUCGAGCAACGUCAUCGCUCCUCCCAAGUUCCCACGCUCUGGAGGAUCACUGGGGCCUAAGUCCUGGUUAGAGGAGAACAUGUUUCGCACAGACAGCAACAGCAACACUCUGUUGCCCCUGCAGGACCGCACCAGGAUGUACGACAGUCUGAACAUGCACUCCCUGGAGAGCUCUCUGAUUGACAUCAUGCGAGCUGAGCAGGAUCCAAUGAAAGGCCGUGUGGGAUGCCCUAACCCCGGGGCUGACGGCCUACUCAUGCUCAAUGCCAGAGGCUAUGGGAGACGUCGAGGCCGCUCCUCCCUCUUCCCUAUUGAUGACAAUCUCCUCGAUGAUGGCCACGGCAACCAGGGUGUCCCAGGAGUUCUUGGCCCUAACUGUUACCCCCACCAGAACGGGGAGCGCAUCGAGCGUUUCUCCCGUAAGGUGUUCGUGGGAGGUUUGCCCCCUGACAUAGACGAAGAUGAAAUAACCUCAAGUUUCCGCCGCUUUGGUCACCUGGUGGUGGACUGGCCCCACAAAGCAGAGAGCAAAUCCUACUUUCCACCUAAAGGAUACGCGUUCCUGCUGUUCCAGGAGGAGAGCUCGGUGCAGGCUCUGAUUGAAGCCUGCAUGGAGGAGGAUGGGAAGCUCUACCUGUGUGUCUCCAGCCCCACCAUCAAGGACAAACCGGUGCAAAUUCGCCCUUGGAACCUGAGCGACAGUGACUUUGUGAUGGACGGUUCUCAGCCCCUCGAUCCCCGCAAGACCAUCUUUGUGGGAGGGGUCCCCCGUCCCCUCAGAGCGAUUGAGCUGGCCAUGAUCAUGGAUCGUCUCUACGGCGGAGUGUGCUACGCAGGGAUCGACACCGACCCGGAGCUCAAGUACCCGAAGGGUGCGGGGCGAGUGGCCUUCUCCAAUCAGCAGAGUUACAUCGCCGCCAUCAGCGCGAGAUUCGUUCAGCUGCAGCACGGAGACAUUGACAAGCGGGUGGAGGUGAAGCCCUACGUUCUGGACGAUCAGCUGUGCGAUGAGUGUCAGGGUGCUCGCUGUGGAGGGAAAUUCGCUCCCUUUUUCUGCGCUAACGUCACCUGUCUGCAGUACUACUGCGAGUUCUGCUGGGCCAACAUCCACUCCCGCGCCGGACGAGAGUUUCACAAGCCCCUGGUGAAGGAGGGAGCCGACCGUCCACGCCAGAUCCACUUCCGCUGGAACUAGAGACGCGACCACAGCCAUGGUGGGAAACGAAAACACUGGCCCACAGGAAGAAGAGCAUCGCUCUGCCUCUCCUGCUCUCCUAAGCUAUCAGUAUAACCGAGUACGUAACACUAUACAGUAUAUACUAUAUAUAUCUAUAUAUCUUUUGUAGCAGCCAAACACCACAAGCCUCAGUUUUUCACCAAAACCCCCCUCACAUCUCAGGCUCUGACAACUCUACAACUCUUUUGUGGUACUUUCAUCUUUUCUAAGAGGAGAUUUAAAAAGAGAUGAUUUUUGUAGGUUUUUUUAUUAUUAAUUAUAAUUAUUAUUAUUAUUAUUUUUGUAUGUGAGAUUUAAAGUAGAUACGGGAAUGUUUUUGCAUGGGGGCAGCUUGUCUGUCUGUUUGUCUGCUGCUAGCCACCCAACAGUGCGUGUAGUGCACACUUGUUUCUGGGAAAACCUUGAUUCUCUAAUGUCGACGCCUGCCCCGGGUCAUUAACCAAAGGUAGCAAAAAAAAAAAAAAAGAUAGGAACCAUACAAAUUGACACAUUUUCUUCUGCCGCUAAAACAAAACGGUUGUUUUUUAAAUGUUACCAUGGGCUCUUUCUUCUUCUUAAAGGGUUUAUUAAAGUCAAACAGAGACGAUAGGGUUAUUUCUGCGCUCAUACUGACCCAUAGAGGGAUACCUCAAAAUACUAAAUCUGGUUUCUUGCUAACUGUAUUCAACAUUUAUACUUAACAAGCUAUUUUAGAAGCUUUGCUGCUAUAUAUACAUAUAUAUGAAUAAAUGUGUAGGUAUUAUAUUUAAUGCCAUUUAUAAACCAGAAUCAUGUAAAAUGAAAUGCAGUAUGCACUCGACCACUAAUGGCCCCCAUUGCCGUGGAAAGUGCAUGUGAUGACAAUAGGCUUAGUUACACAAAUAACGUAUUUAUAGUUAGAUGUGAGAGGAAAAAAACAAACCACUGAAAUCAUAACUAAAGACAUACAAGUCUCGUAGCAUGACCAUCUAUUACAGAUGCCUAAGAGGGAAAAAAAAUCAGACAAAGCUAAAUAAGACAAAAAAAAAAAAACAUAUUUAAACUUGCAUGCGUUGAUGUUUAUCUGUUGUUUGAUCCGUUUACAUGAUACAAAAAGUGAUAUUGGUUCUCCUGUAGACUUAGUGGACGCCAUCAUUUUGUGACACGUGAUGGCUCGUACGGCAAAGAAAAAAAAAAACCUGUCGAGAAGCAGAGUGGUGUUCAGUGGUUUGUGUUCGUGUCGUCCCCGUGCUGUGUGACUGUUUUUCUAGUGUACACUGAGGCUCUAGUUUAGUUACCAACAGAUUAACGUAGAGGAGAAUUUAAACAUCAGAAUCACUCCUGCCUUCGCCCCUUCCUGUUCCACAUCUUUGUAAGGCUCCAAAGGUUCAUCUGAUACAGCAGACCGAACGCAAACAGACUCGAUCGGCUUGGAUCGAAAAGGAAGAGUUCACCCAAACAAUGAAAAUUCACUUAUUAUCCACUUCACCCCCUGUGCUGAUGGAGAGUCAGGUGAAGGUUCAUAGCCUUACAGCAAAACAAUGUUGCAGCAUCCCGAAAUUAAUCUGAAAAGACGUUAUUCAUACACACACACACACACACACUCCCACUUAUUUUGAAGCCAAAGUCUUCACUGUAGUCGCGAAGCUAAAACCGUCAGCAUGAAGUCAGAGUGAAGAGGAUGCUGCAACGACCGCAAUGAAGAGUGCACGUGACAUCUCACGUGCUUCUUUCUCUCUGUUGAAUCAUCCAGGAAAAGAAACACACUCGAACCAUCUUUUUAUAUUCCUGCGCCGUGGAAAACAACUAGGAAAUGACUGAAUUUUCUUUUUUUUGGGGGGGAGGGGAGGAAACCUUAUCCUUUAGCUGCGAGAAGAAGCAUCCUUUGAACAUUUUGUAAUGACUUUCGCUCUGUGAAUCGACGAAUGGUCGCGCUGAAGAUGAAAAAAAA